AUGGUCGACCCUACUCUAGCAGAAAUGGGAAAGAAUCUGAAUGAAGCAAUGAAGAUGCUAGAAGACAAUCAAAGAAAAGUGGAGGAAGAAAAUGAAAAGAAGUAUGCACGGAAGGAUAUUCCUGGACCACUCCAAGGCAGUGGCCAGGAUAUGGUGAGCAUACUUCAGUUAGUUCAGAACCUAAUGCAUGGAGAGGAGGAAGAGGAAACUUCACAGGCCUACCGACUUCAAAAUGUUGGUGAACAGGGUCACAUGGCUCUACUGGGACAUAGUUUGGCUGCAUAUAUAUCAGUGCUGGACAGGGAAAGACUGAGAAAACUUACAACAAGGAUCCUUUCUGAUACCACGCUCUGGCUCUGCAGGCUUUUCAGAUAUGAAAAUGGAUCAGCGUAUUAUCAUGAAGAUGAUCGUGAAGGUCUCCUAAAGAUCUGUCGACUCGUUAUUCACACACGCUAUGAAGAUUAUACAGUAGAAGGAUUUAAUGUGCUAUAUACUAAGCAGCCUGUCAUAUACAUUAGUUCAGCAGCUAGAACAGGCUUGGGCCAAGCUCUCUGCAGUCAGCUAGGGUUACCCCUUUCUUGCAUGUGCCGUGUGCCUUGUAACACUAUGUUUGGAUCUCAACACCAAAUGGAUGUUGCUUUGUUGGACAGAGUAAUUAAAGAUGAUGUUGAGUCUGGAAAACUGCCUUUGUUGCUUGUGGCCAAUGCUGGGACACCAGGUGCUGGGCACACAGAUAAACUUGGCCGACUGAAGGAACUUUGUGAGCAGUAUGAUAUGUGGCUCCAUGUAGAAGGUGUGAAUUUGGCAACUUUGGCUUUGGGUUAUGUCUCCUCUUCUGUACUGGCUGCUACAAAAUGUGACAGCAUGACUCUUACUCUGGGUUCGUGGCUGGGUCUCCCGGCUGUACCUGCAGUGACACUCUACAGACAUGAGGAUCCAUCUUUGUCCUUAGCAGCUGGGCUGACAUCGAGUCAGCCCGUAGAGAAGCUCCGUGCCCUGCCACUGUGGCUCUCCUUGCAGUACCUGGGCCACGAUGGGAUUGUGGAGAGGAUAAAGCAUGCCUCACAACUGAGUCAAAGGUUGCUGGAAAACUUGAAAAACCUGGAUUUCAUUAAAACUUCGGUUGAAGAUGAACUGAGUUCACCAGUGGUGGUUUUCAAGUUCUUCCGGGAAUAUUCAAAUAGAGAUCAAACCUCACAUGCUGCACAGGCCUCAACUAUUCAACACCCCAUAAUAAGCAACGAAAGACACAUUUAUGAUGCUUUCAAUCAGUGGCUAGGAGAGCAGUUGGCACAGCUGGUUCCUGCAGGUGGAGUUGAUGUGGUAGAACUGGAAGAUGAAGGCACAUGUGUGCGUUUUAGCCCACUAAUGACUUCCGCAGUUUUAGGAACAGAAAUACAAGAUAUUGAUCAGUUAGUAGACUGCUUAAAAAUGAAGAUACCAAUAUUGACAAGUACACUGCAACUGAGAGAGGAAUUUGAGCAAGAAGUGAGAAGAACAGUAGGCCUGUUGUAUAUUGAAGAUCUUAGCUGGCCAGGAUUAGGUGUCGUAAGAUACAACUAUCACAGUGAUGGGAAGAAUGAUGACAAACAAGAAAAAGAACUAGAAAAAAUCAAUACAGAACUUCUGAAAAAAUUAAAUGAACUGGAGUCGGAUCUCACUUUUUCUUUGGGUCCAGAAUUUGGAGGGCAGAAGAACUGCGUUUAUAUUGGCAUGGUAACUGAGGAUCUGGAUGUGUCAGAGUUAGUUGAAACUAUUGCAGCAACAGGCAGAGAAAUUGAAGAAAAUUCAAGACUGUUGGAAAACAUGACUGAAGUUGUUAGAAAAGGGAUACAGGAAGCACAACUUCAGCUUCAGAAAGCAAACGAAGAACGACUUCUGGAAGAGGGACUGCUACGACAAAUACCUGUAGUAGGCUCUGUGCUGAACUGGUUUUCUCCAUUCCAAGCCUCACCGAAGGGAAGAACGUUUAAUUUAACAGCAGGCUCUUUAGAAUCCACAGAAUCUACGUACGUAUCAAAAGCCCAAGGAACAGCCACUACUCCACCACCAACUCCUACUUCCAGCCUUGCAAAGCAAAGACUUCCUGGUCAGAAAAUUUUUAAAAGGUCUUUAAGAAGUUCUGAUGCAUUCAGUGAGACCAGUUCAGUCAGCCACUGUGAUGACCUGGAGAAGAUGGAUCAGAGACCCCCAACUCUAUCCCCUGGCGAAGAGCAAGGACCUCUGCAGGCAGAAAAAACAGAGGAGCAGAAGGAGGUGGCACAGGCAGCGAAGACAGACACUGAGGAUGUUCAAAGCGACAAAUCGCCACAUGACUGCACAAAGGUAGAGGAACAAGGAAGUCAAAGAUAAAAUCCAGACUGUGGACUUCAGACUUUGCAGAGGAAGCCCGUGCCCUGAGUGGCCGGGUAUUAAUGAUGCAUUUGAAAUGUGAACAGUGCCACACACUAGUACAGUAAUAACUACUGUAACUUAUUAACUGGGAUUUUGCACAAAUAUAAAUUUCCCCCCAUGGGACAGAGAUUUGUCUUAUUGUACACUCGUUACAGUUGCUUUAAUCCUCCACAUGUCAGUGUCACCAAAGUACUAGUGAAAUUAAGUG